AUGGCUGAGAGAACGAAAUACAGUCCGUUGGGAGAGGAGGACGAGAACGAUACCGAAAAAGUAUCUCUUGAAGCCUAUGAGGAGCUCGUGAGGCGGCUUCGACGACUAUGCAUACUUUGCAUAGCUUUAAUGGCAUCAUGUGUUACAUUGGGUCUGUUCUUAGUGACUAAUCUCAAGCCUGAGGUUUCGCAUCCUCUACCACUUUCUCCGUCACUUCUCGGAGAAGACCCUACAGGGUUUGUGCCCAAAGAGAUCGGCGGACCUGUCGAAUAUACAACUAUAGAUGAAAACGAUCCUUAUUUCAUCAAGUUAGAUACAUUUGAAACGCUCGAAAAGGUCAAAUGGAUGGUAGACCGCCUGAGAAUGAUAAGUAAAUGUAAAUACACAACAUACAUGGGAUAUGACGGCAAGAUGCACAAGCUUGGGACUUGCGAUUGGGAUCAUUCUAACCGUGAGAUGUAUGGUCUUCGAGGCCUGCAUCAGAUGCACUGUGUGGAAGUACUGUUGGAAGCUUAUGGCUACAGACACCACGGCCAGAACUCUGUUUGGGAGCCUCCGCAUGUGGCUCAUUGUUUGAAUAGCCUUCGCGAAGCGGUUAGUUGCUUUGCAGACGCAUCUGUGGUCUCUUUUCUUCCUGACAACGACCACAUUGGCGACGGACAACAAUUUAGGUGCAGAAAUUUUUCGGCAUUGCGGCAGUGGGCCGAUGAGUCUUUUCCAUAG